AUGUUUGCAAGAAUCUUCGUGGUGUUGCUCUCGGCGAUGCAGUUCAUUCCCUCAACGGACUGCUUCUUAUCUUUGAGGUCAAGUGGAUUCACACGUUUAUCACCACGAAAAAUCUGUAUGACCAACACGAUCGAGUCUCGACCCCAGCCGCAGCCCAGCAGCAACUUGCAACCAUGGAGUGCGGACUCUCGAGACACCAAUGAAGCUAGGUACAUCUCGGCGGCAAGGUCAACUGUCGACUUGUUGGUGCACGGGGAUCUGUCCAACCUCCUACAGCACUACUCGAGGAGCAGCGGGGCCGUUCACAAGACGAGGCUCUGCAAUAGGGAGUUCUACCUCAUCUCCGACCCUCGGCUUGUGCGGGAAAUCUGCGUAGAGCAAUCGAGCGUGUUCAGGAACCGGGAAGAGCAUCGGGGGUGUCCGAUGACGGCAGUCGGGCUUACAGUAGCUGAAGAUGAUGUCUGGGAGCAGUAUCGCUCUAUCUUGAACCCCUCCUUUUUCAAGCGCGACAGGAUCCAGGAGCACUGCGAGAUGUUGGUGCCGAUGACGAUGACGAUGAUCGAGGACUUGAAGGAGAGGAGGAAGGCUGUUGACCUGACCUCCUACUGUGUUGCUCUGUCGCAGUCGAUCCUUCUAAACAUCCUGUUCUCAGAGGAGAUAUUCUCAUGGAGACAAGUCCGUGAAAAUCUCCCUCCUAAGAAUCCCAUCUUCAAGCUCACCGAACACGCCAUGGCAUGGACGGAGCUGGUGAAGAGGCAAGUCAAGAUGGUUCUCUUUGGAGAUGGAGUCUUCGAGUUCAUCAAGGCGUUCACAAAUCAUAAGAGACUUCCGGCCGGAAAGCAACAGAGGGGACACGGCGAAGUUCCUUUCCUUCCGAUAGUGCAGAAACGAAGAAACGAGUUGAGAGAGGGAAAACAACCACCUGACGACGUCCUGACUCGUCUGAUCGCAGCAGAGGUCCCAAGGGGAGAGAAGGGGAAGGGAGGGGAGGAGGAGAGGUCGCCGUCGCUGAGCGAUGAAGAGAUUUGUCUGAUUCUGCGGGACAUCAUGACGGCCGGAGUCGGAAGCACGGGAGAAGUCAUCUCUUCGACGGUGUGGGAGAUCAUCCGAGACAGGCAGGUCAGAGAGCUGGUGGAGGCUGAGCUGGACCUUGUCCUCGGCUCUCGGCAGAUCCCGAGAUAUCAAGACUUGAUGCAGUUGACGUACUUGACUAGUUGCGUCAAAGAGGUUCUCCGCAAGAAUGCCUUUGCCUCCCUUGUCUUUCGCCUCGCAUCUUCUGACACAACCUUAUCUCGCUCCUCCUCCUCCUCCUCUCUGGAAGUCAAGAAAGGUUCCGUCAUGGUUCUUGGUCAAGACGAGAACUCCUGGUACAACCCUCAUGAGUUUCGCCCCGAGCGCUUCAGCUCGUCUCCAGCUGGAGAUGUCAGGCCGGAGGAGCCAGCUGACGCCUUCUCCUUCAUCCCCUUCGGGGCGGGCCCGCGCUAUUGCCUUGGAGCUCAGACGGCCAUGGCGGAAGUUGUGCUCAUAACAGCGGCGAUGCUGCGGAACGCCAAGAUAACAGCGCAGGAGGGAGGGGAGGAGGCAGGAGGAGAUGUGUUGUUGGUGAAGGUUGUAUAA